AUGAUGAAAUCAAUAAUGGAUCUACCGGACUGGAAGCUAUUCUUGAAGAUCAAUGGAAAAUACUCCCCAGGCGAGAGUCAAUCAGUAACGUCACUUAUUCGAUCUUUUUGGGAGACCAACAAAAUGGAUUAUCCAAGAUUGUAUAAAAUUACUGGUUAUCUUCUCUCAAUAAAUUCGUCGUCAUCAGAAAUCGAGCGAUUGUUCAGCAUCGUCUCCAGCAAAACAAGAGAUCCGAGUCGAAAUCGCCAGAAGAUGGCUACGAUCGAAAGAAAUUUGCAAAACGAAUUCGCUGGCAAUUUCAAGGAGCUUGGAGAAGAAAUUAAAAAAUUUUAUAAUAAACAGUAG